CAAAGCACAAGACGUAUGUGAUAGAAGGUAUGAAAUGAUGUUGCAGAAGUUUAGUGAAAUGAAAGAUCAUGUGUCCAAUGCUUUUAGUGAAAUUGGUAGUUGCAGCAAUGCCAAUAAAUCUCAGAAAAGAAAGUCGAUACUUAGUCCUUUGAAGGAACGCUGCAGUGCUCCUAGAAAAUCUCCCAGGUUGAAGUUGAAACAUGCUGAAAUGGAGGGUAAUAAUGAACAACCCGAGGGUGAGAGUCAUGGAAUGCAGAAGACUGUUGGAGAGGUGGAGAAACCAGUAUUUACUCAUCGGAAGAAGCUAUUUGGAAGUGUUCCCAGAAAUUCCCCUCAGCACAUAAACACGGAUACUUUAGGACAAGCCAAUGCUCACUCCCAUGAUAUGGAUAUGAAUGAAGAGGAAGAUCAGUCAAUAGCAAAUAUGGAGAAUGACCGAGUGGAGGGAAAACAAAAACAGGGGUGCGAGGUGGUAUUUGUGAAAGAGAUAAG